AUGGCCACUCUUGCACUCCCUGCACUCCGUCAAGCGCCCCGACCAGCCCACCAGCUCGUCCUCUCCCUCUUCCGCUCCUCGCCCUCCUCCCUUCCUUCACUCGCCGUUUCCGCACCCGCACUCCCCACGUACGCCCUUCCUUCUCUCGCCAACCUCGUCUCCGACACUCUCGCUGGCUUGCGAGACCUCCUUCCUCCGAUCUUGUGGGCGGCGCCGAAGAGCCGGACGACCCACUCGGCGAAGCGGAUGAGGAGUGCGCACAAGGGUCUCAAGGAGAAGCAGAACCUCGUCUCGUGCCCCGGCUGCGGCGCACCCAAACUCGCCCACCACAUUUGCCGAGAAUGCUACGCGUCGUUCCGGAGGGAGAUUCACCGCGAAAGGGCUGAGGCGGGAGCUAUGCCCGAGGAGAAGAUCUUGUAA